AUGGGGCGGGGGUGCGCCAGUCUCGCACCCACCACGCCCUCGCGCACCUCCCAUGAUGCCACCACCUUGCACGCAGGCAUCGACCUCGACGAGGCCCGGCGGAAGCGAGAGGACAACAUCGUACAGUUGCGGAAGGACCGGCGGGAUGAGAACCUCCAGAAGAAGCGCAUGGUCAGCACCGUGGCUGUGCAGACCGGGGAGCUGGAGACCACCCGCUCUACGCCGUCUGGAGUCCAGCAGCGGCUGGAGGCGCUGCCCGGCAUGGUGGCGGGGGUUAUGUCGGAGGACCCGGCCGCCCAGCUGGAGGCCACAACCCAGUUCCGCAAGCUGCUGAGCAUCGAGCGCAACCCGCCCAUCGAGGAGGUGAUCUCGGCGGGGGUCAUCCCGCGCUUCGUGGCCUUCCUCCAGCGCGGCGACGCGCCCCAGCUCCAGUUCGAGGCGGCCUGGGCGCUGACCAACGUGGCGUCGGGGACCAGCGACCACACGCGCGUGGUGAUCGAUGCAGGGGCGGUGCCCAUCUUCGUCGCGCUGCUGGCCUCGCCCGUGGACGACGUGCGGGAGCAGGCGGUGUGGGCGCUGGGCAACAUCGCGGGCGACUCCCCGCGCUGCCGCGACCUGGUGCUGGCCUGCGACGCGCUGGGCCCGCUGCUCGGCCAGCUGCGCGAGGAGGCAAAGCUUUCCAUGCUGCGCAACGCCACCUGGACGCUGAGCAACUUCUGCCGCGGCAAGCCGCCGCCGGAGUUCGAGGCGGUGCGCGCCGCGCUGGGCGCGCUGGCCCGCCUCAUUCACUCCCCGGAUGAGGAGGUGCUGACCGACGCCAGCUGGGCGCUGUCCUACCUGUCCGACGGCACCAACGACAAGAUCCAGCACGUCAUUGAUACGGGAGUCGUGCGCCGCCUGGUGGAGCUCCUCCUACACCAGGUGCCGUCGGUGCUGGUGCCGGCCCUGCGCACAGUGGGCAACAUCGUGACCGGGGACGACUCCCAGACGCAGACGGUGAUCAACUCGGGCGCGCUGUCCUGCCUCCUGGUCCUCCUCACCUCUAGUCAGAAGAAGUCCAUCAAGAAGGAGGCAUGCUGGACCAUCAGCAACAUCACCGCCGGCACGCGCGAGCAGAUCCAGGCGGUCAUGGAUGCGGGCAUCAUCCCUCCGCUCAUCAACCUGCUGGCCAACGCUGAGUUCGACAUCAAGAAGGAGGCGGCGUGGGCGGUGAGCAAUGCCACGUCUGGCGGCUCGCACGACCAGAUCCGGGCGCUUGUGGCGGCGGGGGCCAUCAAGCCCCUCUGCGACCUCCUCAUCUGCUCCGACGUGCGCAUCGUGACCGUGGCACUCGAGGGCCUGGACAACAUCCUGCGCGUCGGCGAGGGCCUGCGGGAGAUGGCGGGGUCGGGCGGCGUCAACCCCUUUGCUACGCUGGUGGACGAGGCGGAGGGCGUGGACCACAUAGAGCAGCUGCAAAACCACUCCAACGAGGACGUGUACGAGAAGGCGGUGAACCUGCUGGAGACCUACUUUGACGUCGAGGACGGUGAUGUCGAGGGGCUGGCCCCCGCGGUGGACGCAGCCGCAGGGACGUACGCGUUCGGAGGCGGCAACAGCAGCGCUGGCGGCGGCUUCCCGGCACAGGGGGCCCCCCAGGGCGGCUUCAACUUUGCAACCAUGCAGUGA